AUGUCUGCAGCGAGCCCUGAGAAGGGUGCCGAUCAAGCCAAUCGACAAUCGCUGAGGUCCUUGCAGUCAAGAAUAAGUCCGGUAGACCGUGUGACGAUACCUGGAAGUUCUUUGUUCGAGGCAAUUACAACAAGACUAGCCACACCUACGGCGCUUCUUGCAAGACCUGUCCCAAGAAGUGGACUCGUAGUAGCCUCGGGAAUUCUCCACACGUUUAUCUGUUCUCCUUCUAACAUACCUUUCCUGAGCCGGCUUUUGUCCACCAAUAAAGAGACCCAAGCAAGUGGCUUCUGCUGCGACUACUUAGUCAAGCUACUUGUCUCAGUCGGUUUCUUUCGAUACCGCCACUUUGUGUUUGUGCCUUAUAACAAAAGACCAUCAGGCGGCAAACCCGUAACAUCUCCGGUCUUCCCCCGCCCCGUUAUCAUAUACCCUUUGGUUGAGGCUAAGGCUAACUUCUAUUACAGCGACUUCAUCGAUGCAAUCAGCACACGGACAGACAUCUGCUCUCUAGCCUGCGUCCUUGCGGGCGGCUAUCCGGAUGGGCACCGCGGAAACAGCGUGGGUGUCAAUGUGUCCACCUAG